AUGGAUUACAAAUUUCCCAUGGAAUCCCCAGACAAAAUCACCGUUUACCAAAAGCUGCUCCCAGACCCAUCUGGACAUCUUGCAUCCCAAUCGGCCUUCCGAUUCGAGGUCAUGAUCAUGUCUGAAGCCCACCAACGCCCCGCUGCUCGUUGCUUCGAGGAUACCGUGGUCUAUGACUACGGUAAGAAUCGCAAGACCGAGAAUAUCCCGCCGUUUAUGAUGAAGCAGUUUGAGAUUAUGUGGGAGCAACAGGAGCAGGAGAAGAAGCACUGGAGACGGAAGAUAGCUGAGAUCGACAAUCGGGUUCGGAAUCUUGAGCUUGAGAGCUGGGAUCGGGUUGAUGCCGUGGAGGAUAACGGGUCUGCGUCGCAGUGA